AUGCCUCUCCGGCGACUCGAGCUCGUCAACUUCAAGUCUUAUAGGGGACAGCAACAGAUCGACUUUGGAGAUGCCCCUCUAACGUGUAUCAUCGGCACCAAUGGUUCCGGCAAGUCCAACCUCAUGGAUGCCAUCUCCUUUGUCCUGGGAGUCAAGUCGGCCCAGUUGCGAAGCACCCAACUCCGUGACUUGGUCUAUCGUGGACGCAAGGCAGCAGAAGGUGCCGCCGAAAUGGGCAUCGAAGUCGAUAUUCCAGAGACACAGGAGACCAACGGCGAUGUCAACGGUGACACCAACCCAGACGCCAAGACCGCGUCGGUCACCGCCGUUUACGAAGACAAACUCGGCAAGGAAUGGCUGUUCAAGCGCAACAUUGCCAUGAAUGGCACAUCCACCUACUACCUCAACGGCAAGGUCGUCACCUGGAACGUUUACAACGCCCAGCUUGAAAAGUUUAACAUUCUCGUCAAGGCCAAGAACUUUCUUGUUUUCCAAGGCGACGUCGAGGGAGUGGCGAGCCAGGAUUCGAAGGCGCUUGCCAAGCUCAUCGACCGUAUCAGCGGCUCGCUCGAACUCGCUCCAUCCUACGACGCUGCCAAGCUCGCGCAGGAGAAGGCCGCUGAUGCAGCCAACGCCAACCACGCCAAGAAGCGCGGUAUGCUCACCGAGGCCAAGCACUUCAAGGAGCAGACUGCCGAGGUCAAGCAGUGGGAGAAGCUUCGCGACGCCAAGGACACGAUGGUGAACCGCCAGCUUCUCUGGAGGCUGUACCACAUCACCAAGGAGAUCAACGAGUCGACCCGUCAGGUCGAAGAAGCCACCGAGCAAUUGCACGACCUCCAGAACAGUGUUACCGAGAGUGACAACAACCUGCGCGAGGCACGCAAGGAGCACGCCAAGACACAGCUCACCGUCAAGAAACGCGAGGGCAACUUUAAGAAGGCGGAGAAGGCUGUCGAUGACAAGAAGCCCGACCUCGUCGCCGUUGAGACCCAGAUUCUCCACUCGGAGAAGAAGGCCAAGAACAGCGAAACAUUGUUUGAGCGUGUGCAAAAGGACCAGCAGCGCCAGGCCGACUCACUCGCCAACCUCGAAGCCGGCGCCGCUCAGAUCAAGGCCCGUAUGGACGAAGCCAAGGAGAAGCAGCGCCAGAAGAGUCGUGCCCAGGGCAAGGCGUUGUCUGACCAGGACUUGGCCGAGUACCGCAAGCUUCGCGCUGAUGCCAACCUGGUCGCCAUGUCCGAGCGCCAGCAACUCGACUCUCUCCGUCGCGAGCAGAAGGGUCUCCGUGACGCUCUCGCUUCCAUUGACGACCGUCUCCAGCAGGCUGAGCGCAAGCGCUCAAAGCUCAGCAGCGAGAUCGAGGUUCUCGCUGACAGGGAGGAGACCAUGUCCUCGCGCGUCGACGAGAUGCAGAACGAGCGCAAGCGAAUCAAAGCUCAAAUCGACCAGGCCAGCGCGGAGAGGACCCGCAUUGCCGUCCGCGAGACUGAGAUCAAUGAGCGCCUGUCCGAGAUCAUGUCCAAGCUCCUUCAGGCUGGUGUCGACAGGAACCAGACGGAGCGUGAGGCCAGGCUCAAGGAAACGCUUUCCAACCUCCGUCGUAUCUUCCCCGGUGUCCACGGGCGUGUUGUCGACCUCUGCAAGCCCUCGGCCACCAAGUACGACCUUGCUGUCAUGACCAUUCUCGGUCGCAACAUUGACGCGGUUGUUGUCGACCACGAGAAGGUUGCCAUUGACUGCGUCGAGUACAUGAGGCAACAACGUGCCGGCCAGGCGACCUUUAUCCCACUGGACACUAUCCAGGCCAAGCCCGCACCUGAGAAGCUCCGCAACUUUGCUCGUGGUGCGCGUCUCGCCAUUGACUGCAUCGAGUUUGACCCCAGCGUUGAGCGUGCCAUCCAGUAUUCGUGCGGCAGCUCGCUCAUCUGUGACACGUCCGAGGUCGCCAAGUAUGUCUGCUACGAGAAGCGCCAGGAGGUCAAGGCCGUCACACUCGACGGUACCGUCUUCCACAAGAGUGGUCUGAUCACUGGUGGUCGUGGUUCGGGUGGCCGCAAGUUUAACGACCGCGACGUCGACGGUCUCAACCAGCAGAAGGAGAAGCUCAUGCAGCAAAUGCAGGAGCUCCACAAGUCCAAGCCCAAGGACAAGGCGGACGAGGGCCUUGUCCAGGACCUCGCCCGUCUCGAGGCUGAGCUUACAACUGCAUCGGACGACCUGGAUGCCACUCGCCUCCGCCUCGACGGCCUCCGCAAGGAACUGGGCGGUGUGGACAAGGACAUCAAGAAGAUGACUCCCGACAAGCAGAAGCGCACCAAGGACCUUACCAGCGCUGAAAGCCAGGGUAAAACUCUUGCUGCUGUCGUCGAGAAGGCCGACGACGAGGUCUUUACCAACUUUUGCAAGCGCAUCAAUGUCCCCAACAUCCGCGAAUACGAAGACGUCCAACUCAAGGUCGCUCAGGAAGAGAAUGAGGCCAUGGAGGCGUUUACCGCCCAGAAUGCCCGUGCCGCUCACCAAAUCGAGUUUGAGAAGGCCCAGCUCGCCAGCACCGAGGAACGCCUUGCCCUCCUUCGUUCCAGCGUCGAGAAGGAGACUCUCAACGUCAAGAAGCUCCAGGCCAACAAGCAGGCUGUGGAGGAGGAGAUCGAGGAGCUCCAGGCUGAGGUGGAGCGUCAGCGUGGCAAGCUCGAGCAGACCAACCUUGUUCUCGAAGAGGCGAGCGAGCAGGUUGAUUCUAUGCGCGACGUCUCUCGCCGUACGCAGCGUGCUCUUGACAGAGCCCUCAAAGAGAUUGCCGGCUGGAACGACGAGAUUGAGCGUCACGCCUCGGACCGCCACGCCGUCUACCGCAAGUGCCGCCUCGAGGACAUUGACCUCCCUCUGGUGUCUGGAUCUCUGGACAAGGUCCCCAUUGAAGACAGCAACAAGGAGCUGGCCAUGGACAUUGACGAGGACGACAUGCGUCCCACGACGACCGACGACUUUGGCAUCGAGCCCGAUUUUGACCUCUUGGAAGAGGAAGACAAGGAGAAGGCUAGCGAGGAGUAUGGUCACGAGUUUGACUCUCAGAUUGCCAAAAUGAAGGCCGAGAUUGAACGAGUGGUUCCGAACAUGAAGGCCAUCGACCGUCUUGCCGAGGUUCAAGAGGGCCUGCAAACUGCCGAGGAGGAGGCGGACGAGACGCGCAAAGCAAGCAAGAAGGCGCGCGACGAGUUCCUCGACAUUAAGAAGAAGCGCUGUGACCUCUUCAACAAGGCGUUCACCCACAUGUCGGGCUGCAUCGACAAGAUUUACAAGGACCUUACCAAGAACAGUGUCGUGCCCACUGGCGGUAUGGCGUUCCUCAGCUUGGAAGACGCCGAGGAGCCGUACCUCGGUGGUGUCAAGUACAACACCAUGCCUCCAGGCAAGCGCUUUGCCGACAUUGAGCAGCUGUCUGGUGGUGAAAAGACCAUGGCUGCCCUCGCCCUGCUGUUCUCGAUCCACAGCUACCACCCUGCACCCUUCUUCGUCCUGGACGAAGUAGACGCUGCUCUGGACGCGACCAACGUCUCCAAGCUUGCUCGCUUUGUUCGUGAACAGUCUGCAAAGGUGCAGUUCCUCAUCAUCUCGCUCAAGUCCACCCUGUACGAACAUGCCGACGGCUUGGUGGGCGUGUACCGUGAGCAGGUUGAAAACUCGUCGAGGACCCUCACGCUGGAUCUGAGCAAGUACGAGUAA